UCCUGCUAUGGUCACGUGGUUUUUCAAGAUGGCCGCGCCCACAGCGCUGUAGCAGCUGAUUGUGUCCAUGCGAGCGGGGUUUAAAUGACAGUUGAGGAGCAGCAGGUUACAACUGACAUCCCCGCAGAGAGACAGAGGAGUUUCUGAAAGGCUGUCCCAUCCUCAGCACCGCCAACAUGAGCAAGCCAGAAAAUCUAAUCCUCCCCAAAGACUUUCCUCAGCUAAAGAACGACACAUUCCUGAGAGCGGCACGAGGAGAGGAAACCGAACAUGUCCCAGUCUGGUGUAUGAGACAGGCUGGCAGAUAUCUACCAGAAUUCCGUGAGUCCAGAGCAGGGAAGGACUUUUUUGAGACAUGUCAGUCACCAGAGGCUUGCUGUGAGCUCACUCUGCAGCAGAUAUAUUAACUUGUUUGGUUUGUCUUUGUUUCUUCUUCCUCCCUCCAGGCCAUGGGUAUGGAUGUCCAGAUGGUUGCAGGUAAAGGUCCAACAUUUCCAGAGCCUCUGAAGGAGCCAGAGGACCUGCAGCGGCUGCAGGUCAAAGUGGACACUGACAAAGAACUGGGCUACGUCUUCAGAGCCAUCACACUGACCCGACACAAAAUUGAGGGCAAAGUGCCACUAAUAGGAUUCAGCGGGGCUCCGUGGACGCUCAUGUCCUACAUGAUAGAAGGUGGAGGCUCCAACACUCACUCUAAGGCAAAGCGCUGGCUGUAUCAGCACCCCGAAGCCAGCCACAUGCUGCUGAAGAUGCUGACAGAUGUGAUCGUGGAGUAUCUGCUAGGACAAGUGGCAGCUGGAGCUCAGGCACUGCAGGUGUUUGAGUCCCACGCCGGCAUUCUGGGACCUGCAGAGUUUAAAGAGUUCUCGCUGCCUUACCUCCGAGACAUCGCUCGCCGCGUCAAAGAUAAACUGAAGGAGGCAGGACAGGAUGUCCCCAUGAUUGUAUUUGCAAAGGAUGCUCACUACGCCUUAGAGGAACUGUCUCAGUCUAAUUAUGAAGUGGUUGGCCUGGACUGGACCAUUGACCCACUAUCCGCACGGGAAUGCACAGGAGGGAAGGUCAGCCUGCAAGGAAACAUGGACCCCUGUGCUCUGUAUGCUCCAAAGGAGCGCAUUUCAGACAUCGUGAAGAAGAUGUUGGAGGGUUUCGGCACAAGGGGCUACAUCGCCAACCUCGGCCACGGCGUUUACCCCGACAUGGAGCCGGAGAACAUAGGUGCCUUCGUCGAAGCUGUGCACCAGCACUCCAAACAGAUGAUCAAACAGAUAUGAAGAUAAAUGUCUCGUAUGAAGAACCAAACCUGGCCUUAUGAUGGUGAUGCAAGAAAAAUGUAUAAUGAGGCAUUAUUUUAUUAAAAGCUCUAAACAGUA